AUGGAACUGGAAGAGUUUAAAGCCUAUUGCAGUGGUAAGGGUGGUGUAGGGGAGAGUGAAGCAGGCAGAAAGGAAGGUCAAGGAGUUGGUGGCAUUUGUGGAAGUAGCAGGCUAGAUGGCAAGUGUGCACCUGCUGAUGUUCUAGAAGCAGGGCCAGCCAGGCCUGAGCCAGUUUCAUGCAUUCUCAAACUAGAUGAUAGUGAAAAUCUUGGAUGCAACUUUUUUGUCUGGGGACUUAUAGCCUUCUUGGGUUUGUGUCUUAUUAUAUCACUGAUGUUCAAUAUUUCUCAUUAUUUGGAAAAGCAUCGACAAGUAAAGCUAUGCAUGUACUCCAAUGACUGCAUCCCAAGAGAUGAUGAAUAUUAUAUUGAAGAAACACCAAUUUAUGGUAAUUUAGACAAUGUGGGACCAGAACCAACAAAUGAAAAUUGUUAUGAGCAAAUGAAAUCCCGACCAGAGAAAUCUGUGACUAAACCACAAGAAUUGCCAACCAGCCAGGAAGCAACCACUGAACCACAGAUGUGCUAUGCUUCACUAAAUCACAGUUACAGGGGGAAGGCCAGAAAGCCCAGGAAACAGGAAACUUCACUGUCAAACACGGGUGAAGAGGAGCAACUCUAUGCGCUGGAUCUCGAUGUUUCUAAAAUCACUUCGGUAGACAAUCUCCCACCAGAAAGUCAGGCAGCAGAGGAAAACAUUCAUGACGAUCCUAUCAGACUGUUUGGAUUGAUUCGAGCAAAAAACGAUCCUAUAAAUUAA